UAGAAGGAGGAUGGUCGUUGCCAAGAAACUCAACAUUGUCUGUCUGGCGAUGCGCAUCUGCUUGACAAGUGCUAUAAUGGUGACCAAGACAUCUUUGGAUCCGACGAAUAUAUCGCGUCAGCGGUAUAGUUAUCUGCCGCCUGCCAGUUCAUUUCCAAAUCAUUCCAAUCAUCAAUACGAUGAUCAUCACAUUAUCAACAGCAAUCUGGAGAAACUAGUUUCCUCCAGAAAUCUACAGGCAGACCGUUCAAUGGGGCUUCAAUCCGCGUCGACUUUAAGUAAUCACAAGCAGAAGUCGCAAACGGGUCCUCAGAGAUUCCCUACAGAAAUUCGUCAGGACGUUUGGCUUUCGGCGAAAGUGCCGAACGCAUCUCCGUCGCCUCCGCCGGCACUGUCGACGACGACGACGACCGUGACGACGACGUCAACGUUAUCGGGACCUCAAGAUAUCCGAGAAUAUCAUCGUCACGUACCUCGAUUCGCGGAUCAGGAUGUCAAGGUACUUGACAGAUAUCUGACAGACGAAUUGGAUGACGAUAAACUGCCGUAUCAUGGAAAAGUUGAGACAUAUUAUCAUCGAAGACCACAAGACAUAACGGCAGUCAUCAAGGCCCUCGAUCGUUUCUUAAGUCGUACUCUGAACGAUGAUGGUUAUAAUAGCAAGGUACAUCCGCCACCCAAUCCCGUUCUAGCCCUCGUAUUGUCCCGAUACGGGCGUUACGUGCCUGGACCGCGAAAUCCUCGCGUAUACGCGUAUUUGGCGGCAAACAACAUCCACAAUCAUCAGCCCUUUGGCAAGUACAAAUACGAGUUCGAUGAGGAGCCGAUUUACACGAGAAGAUAGCAA